AUGAAGGUCCUCAUCCUUGCCUGCUUGGUGGCUCUUGCUCUUGCAAAGGAGAGUGUAGAAAGCCUUUCAGGGAGUGAGGAAUCUGUUACACAUGACAAGCAGAAAAGUCAGAAGGGUAAACAUGAGGAACAGAAGCAAAGAGAGGAUGAACUCCAGGAAAACCUUAACCCCUUUAUCCAACAACAGCAGCCUCUAGUCUACCCAUUUGCUCAGCCCAUUCCUUACACUAUCCCUCCACAAAACAUCCUGUCUCCUCUUGCUCAGCCUGCUGUGGUGCCUGCUUUCCUUCAGUCUGAAGUAAUGGAAGUCUCCAAAUCUAAGGAGACCGCCUUUCCUAAGCGCAAAGUGAUGUCCUUCCUUAAAUCUCCAGCAAUGCCCUCUUUCGACCCUCAAAACCCAAAUCUCAAAAAUCAGCCUCUUGCUCUGCCUCUGCUCCAGCCCUUGAUGUACCAGGUCCCUCAGCCUAUUCCUCAGACUUCCGUGCUUCCUCCUCAGUCCCUGUGGUCUCCUCCUCAGUCCAAAGCCCUGCCUAUUCCCCAGCAAGUGGUGCCCUAUCCCCAGAGAGCUAUGCCCAUCCAAGCCCUUGUGCUCUACCAAGCCCCCACUGCACGCCAAUUCUAUCCUGCAACUCAACAACCACUUGCCCCAGGCCACAACCCCGUUAUUAAUCGGGAAAUUUGGGCUCAGACAUACUCAGAGAGGAAAGACUGCCAUGUGAAGAUGGAGGCAGAGGUUGGAGUGAUGCAGCUACAAGAUACAGCUACCAGCGGUGGAAUGCUAAGGAUUUCUGGCAACCACCGGAAACCAGGGAGAGGCGAGGAAGGACUCUUUCCUGGAACCUUCAGAGGGAGCACAUUGAUUUCAGACUUCUAG